AUGGUUUUAAUAACGGUGGAAUUGGUGAGAAAAAAGGCUGAACAUCACGAUCGACUGCUGGCUCCUCUGGAAGAAAUAGCUUUACAUCAGGAAAAUAUAGAGAGAAUCGAACACAUACAGGACUGGUGUCCAAAACUCAAGAUACUUUUAAUGCAAAGCAAUUUAAUAAGUAAAAUAGAAAAUUUAAACAAGCUAAAACAUCUCACUUAUCUAAAUUUAGCUCUUAAUAAUAUUGAAAUUAUCGAAAAUUUGGAAAGAUGUGAGUCUCUACAGAAAUUAGAUCUAACACUCAACUUUAUUGGGCAUAUUAUUUCUAUUGAAUCUCUUGUUGGUAAUUAUAACUUAGAAAACCUAUAUUUAACUGGGAACCCGUGCACGGAUUAUGAUAAUUAUCGUGAGUUUGUUGUCGGGACUCUUCCACAACUCAUGAUACUCGACGGCAAAGAGAUUGAAAGGUCAGAUCGCAUCAAAGCAUUACAAAGCCUAAAAAUCAUUAGAUCUGACAUACUGUUUGAACAAAACAACUAUCUACAUCAAAGGAAAACUCAAAAAGUACGUCUCGAGAAAAACAUAGCAGAAAAAUGGGAAAAUGAAUACAAAAAUAUGGAUCCCGAUGAACGGAAUAAAAAGUUUUGGGCUGAAAAAUGCGAGCACGCGCCUGAAGUUAGAUACGAAAUGGAACGGAUGCGCCAACUAAAAUUACAAAGCCUUGCGCCUGAAGAAAAAAAAGAGGAAAAACGUGAAUAUAAAUAUUUCACAGCGGAUGGCAGGCCAUUUAAUAUAAACCAAGCAAAGAUAGAUUUUAAGUUUAGCGAUACAGAACCAGAUAAGUACGUAUUAGACUUGGCGAUUUACAAACAUUUAGACACAAGUUUAUUGAACAUAGAUGUACAACCAAAUUAUGUGAGAGUUACAAUUAAAGGAAAAAUAUUCCAACUCCACCUCCCAGAAGAAGUUAAUACAUCCGAAUCUAAAGCUCAGAGGUCGCAGAUCACUGGACAUCUUAUUGUGACUAUGCCUAAAGCUAAUAUUAUCAUUAAAGAGCAUAAAUCUCCAAAACUAAUGAAUCAUGAGAAAAAAUCUGAAGUAACUGAUAAAUUACCCGAAUUUAAAGAGUCAGGGCAGUCUAAAAGAGAGUAUUUAGAAAUCGGACCCUCUGAUGAUGCUCUAGACUUCAGAAACAUGAUUACAAAGAAACCUGAUUUUAUUGAUCCCAGAAUGUCUUUAAAAGGAAAGCAGCCAUCAGAAGAUUUUGUAGAUGAUCCGCAGGUUCCAGAUCUCAUUUAA